AUGCAUCGCUUCACCAGAAGGUUGGCCCUCGUUGCCGUGGUUUUCUGCUGGUUGAGUUACACCCCAGCAAAGUGUUUGGGUGAAAAUGCGACAAAGAUCGCGGUCGAUCGUGCCCGUCGGUACGUGUUGAAUUUUCCCAUCAAUGGGGGUGUGGCAAAGGUUCUGUUCGGCUUCGUAGCCCCCGUGCGGUUCCAUCAUGCGCUCAAGCGCAGCCUCAACCUGGGGCUCAACAUGCAGGCCAACUAUCGCAUCCUGCCGAACAUUAUCUUCCCGCAUCCGGAUUCAGUGUGGAAGGCUAGGUUCCAGGGCACCGACGAAGGUCGACGGCAGUUGUAUGAGUUGAUGGAACGAGUCCUCGGAGUGACUGCUGGCUCUGGUGGUUCUACGCGAGCUCGCGCUUGCCUGUUGCGGACGAUCUGUGAGGUGGCUGAUGCGCCACUUGGCCACAAUGGCAUGGUUGGGGAGCUGUUGGAUGUCGUGUUCACACCGGGUGAUGCGGAUCACCUUGCGGAGGAGUAUAAGGAGGCCCGACGGUAUGGUGCCAACGGAGUUGACUGCGAUCGGGUGUAUGACGCGUGUCCGCUUGGGCACGGCAUCCUGGACGCCGUGACGGCGAUGCAUUGGUGA